AUGUCAAGGUCGCGAAAUAUCGUUGCCAUGCCCCCGUCCACUAAAGUUCAGAAUAGUGUUGAGUUUUCUCUAAGGCAGAGACUGUUUGACACACAGAAAUUAGCGCAAAUGCGCCUGCAGAGAGUCAUGGAGUUGAAAGAUGAGGUCGCUCGCCUGCGCGAAUUACUUGGCAACUUGAGGGGCGGCGAAGAAGGUGACGACCCUGCUUCACCGCAGCGGAUCAGGUCGCCCAUCAAAUCAACGAUUCGGAGGGAAAAUUUUUCUCCGGGAGAGCAAGGUGGAAGGAUUGCCACUGCAGUUGCCAGCCGCCGGGGGAGGUCGAAUGAAGCGGCUGCCCAGCGGGACAUCAUUGUUACCGUGGGCGCGGGAAGUAGGCGCCGCGGUAACCUUACACCCACCCGGGGGGCUACAUCCCCUAAGGGGUCAGAUAAGGCCCGCCCCAUGGUGUUAAAAAUAACUAGGGACCCCUCUCCGUAUGCACGGACUGCUCGUGCUUCUAAUUGCAGCGGUGGUGACCCAUUGGGGCUCUUUCACACCAGCUUUCAGUUGGCACACGGUAAGGGUGCAACAAACAUACGGCGACUCCGGCCAACGCGGCGUUCAUUGGUAACGGGGACUACCAGUGCGAACUCGCCCGAGCGGCGUUUGGGUCGCCGCUCCCCCACGAGGUUGCCACUGUCAAACCCAAUGGGAGAGCACCUUAGCACCUCCGCCUCCAUAUCGUGCCGCGGCUUACAUUCACCCACCGCGCGACAGAGGGCAUGA